AUGCCCCUGACAGUGGAGAGUGUGAGUGCAUCAACGGUUCGGUCAUACAUUUCCUUCAGUGUGGCUGAUUGUAUGCCUCCACUUUCGAAAUUUGAGCUUUUGAGAGUCUUGGACAUGGAAGAUGAUUCUUUGCCUCGUAGGUGCCUUUAUUUGUCUGCUGUAAAUCACUUUUUUCUGCUCAAGUAUGUACGGGUCCAUGGUUUUCUUCUCGAGCUGCCAAAGAAAUUUGGCAAGCUAAAGCAUUUGAUUACUCUAGAUAUGCCCAACUCAUGGUUGUAUGGUUCGAGUGAACAACUAGUGGAUUUUAAUUCCUUGUCAUCUUUGAGGCAUCUCCUUUUACCAGAAGGUGUAGUGUUCAAAAAUGGGCUUAGAAAGUUGUGCAGCCUACAUGAUCUGUCCAAGUUUGAUGUUGGGACUAAUUCCAUAGAGUGCAUCAGAGAUCUCGGUGAGUUGACCAAUCUUAGGAAUCUUAAUGUGAAGUUCGAUUUCUCCACGGCAGAUGGCGUAGAAAAUAAUCAAAACACAACAAUCCUGGCUGCCUCUCUUAACAAGCUUGGGAACAGCAACCUCCGGCGUCUGGAUUUUCAGGUUCGAUCAAGUGAAAGGGCCCCCUCAGCACAAUUCUGGAGUAACUGCUUGACACGUCCACGGCAUCUACAGAAGCUUAGAUUGAAUGGCGUAACAAUGCCCAAGCUACCAAAUUGGAUUGCGCAUGCUGACAGGUUGGCGGAUGUUGAUUUAAGUGUCCAUGAGCUCCGAAGUGACGACGUCCAGGUGCUUGCACAGUUGCCCUGCCUCACCUUCCUCGACUUAUCAGCUAAAACAAUCCCAGAGAACAUCAUUAUCCACCCAAACACAUUCCACAGCCUCAAGCGCUUCAAAUUCUGGAGAAGUCAAGCGCUGUCGUCACGUUUGACUUUUGAGCCAGACGCAAUGCCAUGGCUACAGAUACUGCAGAUACUGAAGAAGGUGCAAUGCAACUGCAACAGGGCAGUCCAGUUGGUGGCAUCGAGCACCUUGCCAGCCUUGAAGGGAUCGGCUUGGUUAUACUUGCCAAAUGCGAUCAGGGGUCCAAAAUAG